AUGGUCUUUCAACGCCUCAAUGUCCGUGCGAAGAAGAGCUUUCCUGGACUUUAUUCUUUCGAACAUCUGAACAACUUGCCUUCCACCAAGGGCACAGCAACGCGAUGCGAGUCAUCUUCCUACUCCACCCUCCCUGGAGGUGAUAUCGACGAUUGCGAUCUCGACGACUUUGGAGUCACCGUUGAGCGUUGCAAGCCCUCUCCGGGUAGAGGCAGUCCUUCGAGGCGCAAUAGACUGCUUGGGUCACUGCGAAGCCUUCGUUCCCUGCGAAGUCUUCGCUCAAGCCCAAGCAAGACGAAGCAAGGCGCUGAAUUUCUUGGAAAAGAAGACUCGUGCACGAGGCUGUCGCACACAUCACCGUCGCUCACACUCAACUUCGAGCGGUCGCCCCCAGACCAACCAAUCUUUGAGCUCCGAAUGCACAAUCGUUCUGCAUCUGGAUCCAGUAUGGAGGUUCAGCACUCAUCACCAAUGACGAUUCCUGGCUCAGCGAGACGGACUUGCCCAUACAACAUGUCUUCUUCACCAUCUGACCUGCCGGCUGGAACUAUUCCAGUUACGCCUGGACCCUUGCAAAAAGCCUUCAUUAGAGAUCCUGCUAAUCAGGUAUUGCCCCGGAAAGAUGCGAGCCCUACGCCAACGGAGAGAAACGUGCCAUCUACUCCUGUUCUUACUCCUUUGCCUGGGACGAAUUUUUCCCUUGAGGACAUCGACAAUACUCUCGUCACAUUGCCACCUUCUGUGACAUCCUUGCAGACUGGUCGGCAGAUUCGAGGCUACUUUGACAUUUCUACCGAUGAUGGAUCACGGAUGGACGAUGCAGAUGUGUUGAAUGGGCUAGCUUGCCUCGAGCUCGCUGCCAAUCACAAUGAGGCUGCCCACAGCGAGACUGAGCCUUCCAGCGACGGUAGAACAUAUGCUCAGAGGGCUAGCCAGGACCCCACCAAGGAAUUGAGGCGCGAGUAUGAGAACACAAAAUUGCACGACACCAUACGUACGCAGGACAUGCCUCGACCCCAAACCCGAGCACUCCGCCGUAUGCAGCAAGCCCAAAACUUGAACGACAAGACGCGCACUCUCAAUGUUCCACAGCACCAUCAGAUGCUGCCAUUUCGCCUCAAGCAGCAAGACGAAGAAACACAGGACCGGAUCAGGAACGAUUCAGUGGUGGAUGAACUUUGGGAUGCCAGCAUCAGUCAGCCCGCGCCAGACUCCACAGACGAACACUGCAGUUCCAGUCAAUCCUUUCAGUCGGGAGAUUCCAUCAAUAAUUUGGCUCUCGCAUUUUCAGAAGAGCACAGUGGGACAGGGAAUGCGAACAGUCUCGGCACCAACCCCGCGUAUAUGGCUUGCGGUCAUCCGAACGAGUCUUGUCAUCGCACACCUGUUGAGAGCGCCUGGGGCCGGCACACAGGUUUGUAUGACGGCACCGGCUAUGGACAUGAUGCCACUCUUCCCAUAACACCUUGCGAACCUGGCGAGGGCACGAGAGGCAUUUGCGUGCAAUCCAAUCAUCAACUGAUCAAGCCAUCUCUGCUCUUCGCCAACGAGAAGUACAACUACGAGAGUCUGGAGUCGAUAUGUCACGCGUCCGCCUACCCGCCCAGCGAGCGGGUGCCAAGUAGCAGCAGCAACGAUACUGGCGAAGGCGUCCAUCUAUCCGCGACAAAGGGACCUAAGAUCAGCUCAUGA